AUGGACACGUCCACCGUCAUCGACUACCUCCGCCUCAUCAGCCACUACAUCGCCCUCCUCGGCCGCCUCCUCACGCUGCCCCUCCGCCUGCUCAUCUGGACGCCCCUGUCGUACCUCGCGCGCGCCCUGCGCAUCGUCUUCUUCCCCGUCUUCUACCUCGUCGCGUAUGUGGCCGGCUGGUUCCGCGGGAUCGUUGAUUUCAUAACUGCUCUACAGCCUCUUAUACACUACGAUGUAGCCGCUAUACACAUUCGUACGUCUUUUCCUUCCUCCUCCCCAUCCUCCUCCUCCUUCUCAUCAUUCCUCCCCUCCCCAAUCUUCACAUCAAAAGAGAACAACAAAACAAGAAAACGACGCUCAACGCUCAAUCUCGCCACCGCCGCCCUCGUCGGAGCCUUCGCCGGCCUCACCCUCGCCACAUCCUCCACAGUCAUCACAUCCUAUCUCGGCAUGCAAGGAGAUACAAGCCGCAACGGCAACGGCAAGAGCAGCAGCAGCAGCAGGAGCAGCAGUGGUCGUUCUCGCACACCCUCUCAAGGCAAAGAUCCUCUGUCGUCCUACUACUCAUCGCCCAACACCCUCGUCAAGGACGACUCGUCUUCCAAUGAGGGGGAGUGGUACUGGCCAGACCCUUCCCCUUCCAGGCGCCGUCCUGCAACUGGGCUCCUGUCGCAGACAAUUCUCGAAGAAGAGGACGAUUCUGAUGUAUGA